AUGCUCCGCGGCCAGACCCUCCCCUGGAGAGCUGUACUCCAUCAAACGCCACGACCUCUUCUCCGACGGCCAUUUCUUGCUUCGCCGAGAUACAAUGCAACCUUUCGAUCAACACUAGUUUCGGUCCGGCUUGGUGACUCUCUUCCCUCGUCUUCCCGCGCCUUUUCUGCGAGCUCCAUUCGGCGGAGAGAGAAACCCCCACCCGAGGACCCUAAAGACGAAUCGGAAAAGAAGGAAGAGCUCGAAACCAGUCAGGACGAUAAGGAGACGGGACGAGCUCCUGAAUCGCGGAGGAAGGGAACCGACUCAGGAAAGAAUGUCCCUUCUGCGGAUCAGGUAGCUCCCGUGCGGAGAAAGGACCGGGCAUCUGAUAAAGAGCGCGGAGUGGAAGAGGAAGUUAAGAAAGAAGCCAAUGUAUCAGAUGGUAAGGGAAACUCGAGUGACACACCUUCGCCCAUCCCACCAAGUGAUGGUCCGGCCGACUCCAAACCCAGCGGCGCAAGCAGCGGUGGUAAUGGCGGCAAUGACGAUGUUCCGGACGUUUACCCGCAAGUGAUGGCUAUUCCCAUCGCGAAACGCCCGUUGUUCCCUGGCUUUUAUAAAGCGAUCACUAUUCGCGACCCGAAUGUCGCCGUUGCGAUCCAGGAUAUGAUGAAGCGGGGCCAGCCAUAUGUCGGAGCAUUCUUGUUUAAGGACGACAACGCCGAUGGUGACGUGAUUGAGAAAUUGGAAGACGUUUACGACACUGGAGUUUUCGCUCAGAUCACCGCCGCAUACCCUCUCCGUGGAGAAGCUAGCGAAAAAAUCAAAGCCGCUACACCCCCACCCGCACCUACGUCAGAAGACAAAACGACUGAAAAGCGAGGUGAUGUUGUGGCCAGCUUCGAAGAAACCGCACCCGAGCCAGCUCCCAAAGACCAUUACGAACCCACAUCCUUCCUGAAGAAACACCCUGUCAGCCUCGUCAACGUGGAGAACUUGAUUGAAGAGCCGUUUGACAAGAAAAACCCAAUAAUCCGCGCUGUAACCAGUGAAAUUGUCAAUGUAUGCAAAGAGAUCGCAACCCUAAACCCCUUGUUCCGCGAUCAAAUCUCGGCAUUUUACACCGAUCAAUUCCCAGGAAACCUCAGCGACGAGCCGGCCAAAUUGGCUGAUUUCGCUGCCGCUGUAUCUGCCGGUGAGCUCCACGAGAUGCAAGAAGUUCUUGAGACAAUGAACAUCGAGGAGCGUCUCCCUAAGGCACUUGUUGUUCUGAAGAAGGAAUUGAUGAACGCUCAACUGCAGUCUAAAAUUACGAAAGAUGUCGAGGCCAAGAUCCAAAAACGCCAGCGCGAGUACUGGUUGAUGGAGCAAAUGAAGGGCAUCAAGAGAGAACUCGGCAUUGAGUCUGACGGGAAAGACAAGCUUGUCGAGAAGUUCAAGGAGAAGGCUGAAAAGCUUGCCAUGCCCGAAGUUGUCAAGAAAGUCUUCGAUGAGGAGAUCAACAAGCUGGCACACCUUGAGCCUGCUGCAUCCGAGUUCAAUGUCACUCGUAACUACCUAGACUGGCUGACCCAAAUCCCAUGGGGCCAGAAGAGCGUGGAAAACUUUGGCGUCAAGAACGCAGUCAGUGUUCUCGAUGAGGACCAUUACGGGCUGAAGGAUGUCAAGGAUCGUAUUCUUGAGUUUAUCGCUGUUGGAAAGCUUCGUGGAACCGUCGAAGGAAAGAUUCUUUGCCUGGUUGGCCCGCCCGGUGUUGGAAAGACCAGCAUUGGCAAGUCGAUAGCUCGCGCUCUGAACAGACAAUACUAUCGGUUCUCCGUCGGUGGCUUGACCGAUGUGGCAGAGAUCAAGGGCCACCGACGGACUUACGUCGGUGCUCUGCCUGGACGCAUUAUCCAAGCUCUCAAGAAGUGUCAAACCGAAAAUCCUCUAAUCUUGAUCGACGAGGUUGACAAAAUUGGGCGGGGCCACCAGGGCGAUCCGUCCUCUGCUUUGCUCGAACUCCUCGACCCCGAACAAAACAACUCGUUCUUAGAUCACUACAUGGAUGUUCCUGUGGAUCUUUCCAAGGUCCUCUUCGUCUGUACGGCCAACGUGACCGACACUAUCCCUCGGCCAUUGUUAGAUCGUAUGGAACUCAUCGAAUUGUCUGGCUACGUGGCAGAUGAGAAAAUGGCGAUUGCUGAGAGAUACCUUGCCCCCGCCGCUCGGGACCUGACUGGCCUGAAGGAUGUAGAUGUGAAACUUGAACGAGAUGCCAUCGAGGAGCUGAUCAAAUCAUACUGUCGUGAGAGCGGUGUCCGUAACCUGAAGAAGCAAAUCGAGAAGGUCUACCGGAAGGCAGCGUUCAAGAUCGUCCAAGAUCUAGGCGAGGAUGUGAUGUCCGAAGAGGCGGCCCUGACCGAAGCGGGCAAGGUUGCCCAGGAAGAGUCGAAGGAGCAUGAGCCAGCGGAUCCUGCGCAAGUUCCGAUUGAGCCAGAGAAAUCGACCACAGAGAUCCCUCGACUGGCCCUCAAGGUCCCUGACAGUGUGCAUCUCAGCAUCGGCAAGGGAACCUUGAAGGAUUACGUUGGACCUCCUGUCUUUACUGCCGACCGCCUCUACGACCAGUUCCCUCCUGGUGUCACCAUGGGUCUUGCAUGGACUAGCAUGGGUGGAGCGGCUCUGUACGUUGAAUGUAUUCUGGAGAAUGCAUUGAAACACGACUCACGCCCGGGGCUCGAAAUCACCGGCAACCUGCAAAACGUCAUGAAGGAGUCCACUCACAUUGCGUAUUCCUUCGCCAAGUCUGUUAUGGCGCGACAAUUCCCUGAGAACCAGUUCUUCGAAAAAGCCAAGGUCCACUUGCACUGCCCUGAGGGCGCUGUUCCGAAAGAUGGACCCUCUGCUGGUAUCACCAUGGCUAGCGCCUUGUUGUCUUUGGCUCUCAAUCACUCCCUUGUGCCAACCGUUGCCAUGACCGGAGAGUUGACUGUGACUGGUAAGGUUCUGCGCAUUGGAGGCUUGAGAGAGAAGACCGUGGCUGCUCGUCGGGCUGGUGCCACAAAGAUUCUUUUCCCUGCGGACAACACAUCUGACUGGCUUGAGCUACCCGAGAACAUUAAGGAGGGUAUUGAAGGUCAUCCGGUGAACUGGUACUCCGAAGUGUUUGACCUUCUCUUCCCAAGUCUCGACCAUGAGGCUGCCCGCAUGGUUUGGAAAGAAGCAUUGGCCAAGCCCGAGAAGGGUAGCCACGAGGCCAAUGAAGAUUAG